AUGAUCCCUAACCAAUAUUUUCUGAAUCCAACCACAACCCCAUCAACUCCUUCCACUGUCACUCCAAAUUCAUCAGUACCUUCAACUAUAAAUCUGAACUAUACUCCACGUCAAGCUCAAUUUAUAAGUUUUCCGACCUAUAAUAGUGGAAGUGGUGAUUCAAUUCCUCAACCAUCACCACAUCAACAUCAUCAUCAUAAUCAGAAGUUGCUGCAAUCGCAUCAAACUUUUUUGCCUGAUCGUGGAGUUCCUUCGUUUAAUUUGGGAUUUCAUUUACCGCCCAUAAAAUCCAUUCCAGUUACAUCCAAUCAACUGUCUACAUCGAACAUUGGUUCAACAUCUAAUGCUUCUAAUUCUCAGAUUAAUCAAUUCAUAUCAUUCUCCCCAGUUUACAAUAGUGGGUCCAAUAAUUAUAAGAGAAGUCGCGGUAAUAGUGUAGUUGCAACAAGUUCAUCUUCAAGUUUGGCAGCACAUAAUCAAUCACCUCAUUCAUCAUCAUCAUCUUCAACUUUAUCAUCAUCAAUCUCAUCAAUCUUCUUAAAUCAAAAUCAAUCAGGAUUUGUGAAUAAAGUAACAUCUUCAACUCCAUUGUAUAGAAAUCUUUCAGCUGGUGAAGUUGCACCAUUUUAUUACAAGUUUCCAAAUUAUCCCUCAGUUGAAGAACAAGUUCCUUAUAAUUAUAAUAUCGAUAACAAUUAUCAGAAACAUCAGUCAAAGGAAUUGAAUAGUGCAUUACCUCCUCAAUCAACUUUUAUUCAUCAUCAGAAAUCAAAGUCAUUACCAUCGACCAAAGUAUUUCAUAUGAAACCUAAUAAUAAUAAGUCGGAAGUAUCAAAACCAUCCAACAAUUCUUAUCAUAUGGUCAAUCGAUUUUCAUCAGGAAGCACUUCAUCAACCAGUACCUCUAAAUCUGGAAUCAUAAAUACUAAUUAUAAUUCACCACCUUCUAAACAAUUUAAAUAUAAAGCUGUCAGUAAUAUAGGUAAUAAUGCAAAUUCACAAUUGAGAAUGUCAAAACAUAAAGAUCAUCAUCAUAGUCAGCUGGAAUCGAGUUCUACGAGACAUAGAAGUACAAAUGCUACUACUAGUACUAUAAUUUCAAAAAGUAGUAUACAUUAUCCUAUACAUAGAUUACCAGUUGAAGAAUCAAGAAAUAUUCCGGUUCAGAAAUCAGUUGAAUUAAGACUUCAAAUAUAUCCAUUAAUUGAAGUUAAAAAGUAUUCUACAUCUGCCAUUGAUCCAAUCAGAAACUAUUUAACUGUAUAUGAAUAUCAUAUCAAUGAUCAUUGGAUAAUUUGGGAUUAUGAAACAGGUUUUGUACAUUUAACUGGAAUUUGGAAAGCGGCUCUAGUAGCUUCAAAUAAUUAUAUGAAUGCUAAUUAUGGUUCAACGUCAUCAAAUUUGAAAGCUGAUAUUGUUAAACUUUUGGAAUCAUGUCCUAAAGAAUAUCAUCAAUUUAUAAAAAGAAUAAGAGGUGGCUUUUUGAAGAUUCAAGGUACUUGGUUACCUUAUAAGUUAUGUCGUAUUUUGGCUAGAAGAUUUUGUUAUUUUAUUAGGUUUGACUUGAUUCCUAUCUUCGGAAAUGAUUUUCCUGAGUAUUGUUUAACUCCAAAUGAUCGUGGGUUUGGUGAACUUAAAUUGAAUGAACUUCCUCAAAUUGAUAGUAGUGAAUUUGACUUACCUGUUUUAUCAAGUAUUCCAAAUAAUAGUAAUUUAGUCAUUGUUGGUGGAACUGGGGAAAUGGGAGAACCACAGAAGAGAAUAGUUCCUCCUAGUGAUUUGCUGAAUGAUCCAAAGAGAAAGAAGAUCAGUCUUGCUCCAGUCAAUGGCUAUCCUAAAAAGGAAAAGGAAAGUAGAAAGAAAUCGAAGUCUGAAGCUCACAUAAAGCAAGAGGUAAAACAUAGACAUGAUAAUGUUAAAGAGGGUCCACUUCAGGGUACUUUUAUUCCAUUACCUCAACCACCAAAUUUUAAAAGUGCACCUAUAUUAUCAGCUUCAUCAAGUACUUCCAAUAUGUUACUUGAUUCUCCUAUUGUGUUCAAUUCUAAGAAGACUGAUGAACAACCUAUUGUAGUUUCCACUAAUUUAUUAUUGAAGCAAGUCAGUCCAUAUGAGAAUCAACAUGAUUUAUCAUAUACAGAAGUUAUGGAUCUUGUUAAUGCUUCUAAAUGUUUACAAUCAUUAAGUAAACUGAAUUCAGCAACGCAAGUUUCACCAAUAAAUGAUAGUCACAAUAAAGAUUCAUUCAACAACGUUGAAAUUGAAACUGAAGGUGCUAAUUAUACAACUGCAUCUCCAGCUUAUAACAAGAGUGGAAUAUCCACUAUUUUGUUGGCAGCUGGUCUUUCAAGUGAAACUGAAGCAUUGGUACGUGAUGGACUCGAGAUGAAUGAUUUAAAAUCUAGUAUAGAUUCGAGUCCCACUCAACAUCAUAGAAGAGCAAGUAUGAAGAUCAAUGACUUAUUAAGUUAA